AUGGUGGGCAAGGAGAACGUCGCCACAGAUGUAACGCAAAUGGUUUUUAAGUACAAGAAUGGAUCAGACUCUGUUCUGGCUGUGAAGAAAGAUGAUUAUGACAAGUGGAACACAAAGAAGCUGAUCAUGAAGAUGGACGAUGGUGAUUCAGUCUUCAAGUUUGAUCGGUCCGGUCCAUUCUUCUUUAUCAGUGGAAACAAAGAUAAUUGCCAAAAGGGUCAGAAGCUUAUCAUUGUUGUUUUGGCAGUCAGAAACCAUCACAAGUCUCCCCCAUCCACCCCUUCGCCAGCCCCAGCUACAACACCAUCUCUAAUUUCUCACGCUACGUCGGCAACGUCAUUGUCACCCACAGGAUCCUCCCCUUCGUCGGCCCCAGCCACAACACCCGUACUGUCACCAUCUCCAAUUUCUCACACUCCGCCGGCAACGUCACCCAUCUCUCCAUCUCCGGUGACUAUGCCUUCGGUAAGUUCUCCGGUUCUAGCUAUGACACCCAAAUCGCAUUCUCCGGCGACCCACUCCCCGGUCCCGUCUCCAACCUCAGUUGUCUCACCGGCACCGUCAAUUGCACCAGUAAUUCAUCAUUUAUUUCCGUUAGUGAGUAUGUCAGAUUGGGAGAAUUUAUAGAGAGAGAGAGGGGGGUACUUUAGUCAUUUACCAUAGAGAAUUAAGGGCAUUUCAGUAAUUUUGACAGCUCCGUUAGUGUAUUUAACGGUCCGUCAAACAUAAGGGAGGUCCGUGUAGGAUAUUUUCAAAAGUAAGGGAGGUCCGCAUAAUUUCCGGAAUAGGAAGGGUGCCGCCUAUAAUUAUGGCAAACUAUUGGGGAGGUCUGUGUAAAUUACCCUUAUUUUUAUUUUUGGCUGACUUUGUUUCUCUUUUUUAUUGGUUUUUAAAUUAGUAGUUGACAUGUCACCAAAGCUCAAUUGGUAACUCUCAAAACUACGUAGUUUUAAUUGAGGGUAAAUGUGUCUUUUCAUUUUCCCGACCAAGUUACUUGCCGGAAAGGACUGAAAUACAACAAAUCAAUAGUUCAGGAGUUUUUUUGUAGU